UCGCGAGAUUUAAAUUUAGGGCAUGAUUGGCUGACAGAAUUACAGACUCAUAUUUCGAAAACGGUUGUUGUAACUAAGAAAAAAAAUGCAUGAAACGAUUCGUUGAACACGCAUACAGGAAGAUACCUCUGGAAAGGAUAGCAAAUAAAUAUCAUUUUCUAUUACUGUACUAUUAUUCAUUUGCAACAUUAUAUUUGGGGUUUGAAUAACAUUUACCCAGGCAUUUUCUAAAAUAUUUAAUGCCAUUGGUGUGUACAUUUGUUGCAUUGCUAACAAACAUCAAAGACACUAUAUACACAUUUGGACCUUGACUGGCCACCUUCAGUCAUUGCGAAUGCAAAAAAAUGAUUGCUCUAGGCUAAUAUUCCAAAAUCAUUUCACGUCUACACAGUCGUCUGAAAUCGGUAACUCAUGUAGGGGUGUAUACAAGUUAGAAAAACUAUCGCUGAUACUAUGGAAAAACAAGACAAUGAAGACCGUGAUGAGAAUGCCGUGCAGUUGGAUGACAGCCUGACUAAUAUUAAUUGGCUGGGAAGGUUUUCUUGUAACGGCAUAGCUCAAGAUAAAGGAAAGAAGGUGGCCACAAAGACGAAGAUUGUGAAGCCUCCAAGAUGUCCCUCAACUAAGCGCCCACCAUAUUCCUAUUCAGAAUUGAUCAAACUUGCCAUCAACAGUGUACCAGAAAAACAGUUGCCACUUCAACAGAUCUAUGCCUGGGUAGAAGAGCAUUUUCCAUACUACAAAUAUGAUGCCAACCCUGGGUGGAAGAACUCAAUCCGACACAGCCUUUCUAUGCGGGACAUCUUUGUAAGACAGACAGAUAGAAAUAGCAGAACUGCCUACUGGACCAUUAAAUCCAACCCUGAAACCAAAAGCUGCCCGUCUCAUGAGCAAAAUUAUCUAGGUCAGGUGCUACAUGGCCAAUUAAACUAUGUCCCUGCCCUCCCCAUGAUGAUUAAUGUGAAUAAUGGAGUUGCUAUUGUGCCACCGCAGAAUAAAGUUGGCUCUGUAAAGAAAAUGCAAGCCUUACUUCCCAGAGGGAUCGCUCCACGCCUCAUUCCUGUUCAGAUUUUCAUAACCCCUCCUGUAAUGUGUGAGCCAUCUUCUGUACCACUGCCUACUCCACCCAUCACUCAAGCUUCCAGUAGGAAGAGAGUAAUCGCUCCAAAGCUUCCUGUAUCGAGGAGCUCAGUUCCUGGAAUGUAUUCUUCUGGAGAGUGUAGUACACAAGCCUCUUCAAAUGAGACUGCAGCUGCACCCGAGUCCAUUAUAGCUAAACGAUGGAAACAAUCUAAUCAGCCCAGACAUCAUCAGAAACGGAAACAGAAACACCAGACGCUAGCAGAGCCUCACUUGCAGUUGCAGGAGAAUGUUGUUCUGUUCACUGACUCUGGCUUAGAAAUUGAUAAAGACAUCUCCUUAGAACAGAAGACAAACUGUGAGAGAUUUACUUCCUCUCCCUUUAAAACCCCUACAAAAAAGAAUCUGGUGGGCCUGGCCACUUCGACUCCAUACAGGGGAUCUCACUGUCUUUCCCCAAGUGGGAUUCUUUCCUCGUGGAAGACCAGGCUGACUCCUCCCAAAUCUGCGGACAGUUUAUUGGAUGAUAGUUUAUUUAAAUCUCCCGGUGCAGGGAGUUUAUAUACAAGUCUCGGAUUUUCAGCCCUUGGUGACAAUGUGAAGACCAGCCUUGACAAUAAUAAUAGUGAGAAAGAUUUGACAGAGUUCAGUUUCCUUGGUUUUACUCCUAUUAAAAGUGGCAGACUUUCAGAGGGAUCAGGAUUUGAUCAACAGAAUGAGAGCUUGCCAAGAGUCUUUUCUAAUUUUACCCUCCCAGAUAUUGGAGAGGGAACUGACUUAGCCAACGUUAGCUGGUCUGCUUUUACUGCAGAAAAUAAUUGACAGUAUUGUGGAUCAAGAAAUUAUGUUCAGUAUUUAUUUCUAAUAUGUAAACAAUCAUUUUGGAGAAACGUUUGUUUAUUGAAUUCAUGUCGUAUUACUAUGAUUCAGUAUGUAGCAGGUCUUCACUCUAAAUGGCUUGCAAGGGACAUAAUGUAAAAAUAAUUAUAUAUAUUUCUAAUAAAAAACAUAUAUAUGUAUUUGUGAAGAUAUAAAUGUUUGCUUGGGGGAAAUAAAUAUUCAACUUGGCAAAAAAAGUGGACAUGCUGUGUGUGUGUUUUCUGUUUUGUUAAAUCUAGGUAUAGCAGUGUGGAGUAGUGGUUAGGGCUCUGGACUCUUGACCGGAGGGUCGUGGGUUCAAUCCCCGUGGAGGACACUGCUGCUGUACCCUUGAGCAAGGUACUUUACCCAGAUUGCUCCAGUAAAAACCCAACUGUAUAAAUGGGUAAUUGUAUGUAAAAAUAAUGUGUAAAAAAUAAUGUAAUUAAAUGUAUAAAAUAAUGUGAUAUCUUGUAACAAUUGUAAGUCGCCCUGGAUAAGGGCGUCUGCUAAGAAAUAAAUAAUAAUAAAAAUAAUAAUAAUAAAUAGAGUAUUUCUGGAUCUCAUAAAAUUAACUUCAAGCUAUGUACUGUAUGUAAGCUAAUGCAUCGAAGCUGUUAAUGCUGUAG